AAACUGCCGGCAAGCAUCCUGUUGCUAAGGUUGGUGCUGCGCAUGCGUGCUUUGACGCCAUUUUGGUCUAGUUCUUGGAAGUAUUGAGGAGUAAACCGUUGGUGUAGCAGGCCCGAAUCAGGAAACGGGGGCGAAAUAGGAGGCAAGACUCUAUUAUGGCCAACAUCGCAACACAGCGGAUCAAGCGGGAAUGCAAGGAAGUGCUCAAGAGUGAGGAGACGAGCAAAAAUCAGAUUAAAAUAGAACUUGUAGAUGAAAAUUUUACAGAAUUAAGGGGAGAAAUAGCAGGACCGCCUGACACACCAUACGAAGGUGGAAGAUACCAAUUAGAAAUAAAAAUUCCAGAAACAUAUCCUUUUAAUCCACCAAAGGUUCGAUUUAUUACAAAAAUUUGGCAUCCCAAUAUUAGUUCAGUUACUGGCGCCAUUUGCUUGGAUAUUCUAAAGGACCAGUGGGCAGCUGCUAUGACAUUAAGGACAGUGUUAUUAUCGUUACAAGCACUAUUGGCAGCAGCAGAACCAGAUGAUCCUCAGGAUGCUGUUGUAGCAAAUCAGUACAAGCAAAAUCCAGAAAUGUUUAAACAGACUGCCAGGCUCUGGUCACAUGUUUAUGCAGGAGCACCCGUUUCUAGUCCAGAAUACACCAGAAAAAUAGACAACCUUUGUGCAAUGGGGUUUGAUAGGAAUGCUGUAAUAGUGGCCUUGUCUUCAAAAUCCUGGGAUGUAGAGACUGCAACAGAAGUUCUCCUGAGUAACUGAAAUUUCAAACAAAGCUGUUUUCACAGUAUAGCUUGCCUUCUCUUCAAGCACCAUCAUCCUUGUUCUUUCUAGGAUGCUAGAUUUUUUCUUUUUAAAAAGGCACUCGUACUUAAUGCUGUCUAGGCAGUACUGAAGACUAAAACUGAUGUGUAAAUAAAGCCAAUUAAAAGUCUGUGUAAAUCUAAAAGUGAAGAAUACAUUUUUUCUUUACUGAAAAACAAUUAAGAAAUGAAACUCUCCAACUUCAGGCUCGUGCAACACGACAAGCGCUAACAAGAGUCAUCAUCAGGAUUUUGUUUCUGAACCACCAAGGCUGUCAAAAUAGUGUCAUGGCUGUAUUGCAAGUGGUUUCAUCUGUCUCUUUCUGACUUGAUUGACUGCUGCGGUUGACUUCAAUUUUGUAUGUUUUUAUUUUUGCACCCCUUCUUUACAUAUCCAUAUUGCAUCCUCAUUUAAGGCUUUAAUUUUUAUGUUAGAGACAUGCAUAGUUUUAUUGUGGUUGUUUCAUAAUUCAUCUUUUAAUUACUGAUUCUUCAAGGCCCACACAAUUCAUGAUUUUUAUAAUGUGCAUGUUUGCAUCACUUCAGAUUUACAAAUAUUUGUGGUUAACAAUCAUGGAGUUCUUCCAUCUUGAGUCAUAAUCUUGAUAAAAAAAUCUGAUUAGUCUUUUGAGGUCAAGGUGUGAUGGAUCCCAUUAAAAAAUGUCUGCCAUUCUGAUUAUUUUUGUUAAUUUAUUGUGGGGAGGUGGCAUGCCAGUGUUCAAGAAGUUUUGAGAUUGCACUGUGAUUUGAGUUAAUAUUGCUCUGUUAAUAUAGCAUCUUUCUAUUUUUCAGGGGGGGGGGUUGCCAACCUCUGAAAUAUUACCUUCCCAUUUAUUUAACCUGUCCUGUACCCAUUUUUAAUGAAACACUUGAUAAUUGCAUGGCAGUAAGUGAAACGUGUUCUAAAAAUUGUGCUUUAAAGUCAAGUUUCUGAUUUCAUUAGAACUGCAAAAUGAGUGUAGGAUUGGUUCAUCAGACGUUUCAGUUUUUUAUUGUUGCUUACAUUUUUAACUCGCUCAUAUCCAAAUGCUGUGGUUUAUUUCCUUUGCUGUAUGUGUAUUAUGCUCAAUGAAGUAGAGAAGUGUUUUAAAAUCAGUAGACUUCAUGACUGAAUUUGACAGUCCAGAUGUUGACUCUAUGGCAAGCCUGUAGUCUGUUUUUAUUGUAAUACAGUAUCAUACCUUAUUUCCCUAGGUGAAAGCCCUCGUUAAUUAACAAAAAAAGUUACACACACACAUGUCCAAGCACAUUUAGAGAAUUUGAGCUGGACACAAUGCCUUUACCCAACUUUUUUGUGUAGCUUUUUAUUUUUUUAUUUUGCACAGCAGGUGAUGCAGGCUUGAAUAAGUUGCAUGCAUUGUCAUAAAAAUUGUAAAUUCCUGUAAUUAUGAAUUUAGACUUAUGAUGUCAUCACAUUUCCAUUCACAUCAUAAGAAUUAUUCAGUAGUAUUGGUUUGGAAACGGGUGAUUAAGCUAGCAAACCAAUAUUCAUAAUAAGUAAUUGUUGUGGUCCAGUUUGUUUUUUUGCAACCCAGCUGGUUUGGAACUUAUUUAAAAUGGACUGCGUUGUUUUCCAAAUACUUCAUCAGCUUUACCAUUUCAGUGUCUCAAGUUUGUUAAAAAGAAAACAUACUCUUACUUCUCUAGGUUAUACUGAAAGGAACUAUUUCCUGCCAUCUGUAUAUUUUGUAUAUUACAUUAAACUGUAGUUAAAUAUUG